AUGGAAAUUCAAAUAGAGCCGGCGCAAUUCCCCGAAGACGCCGGUUCCGUGCUGUCGCUGUUUUCUGGCUAUGCCACAGCCCUCGGCAUCGACCUCACCUUUCAAUCAUUUCAAGAGGAACUUGAUUCUCUCCCUGGGAAAUAUGGCCCAUCUCAAGGAGGAUCUCUCUUGAUCGCACGGGCAGGCACGGGUGUUCGAGAAUAUCAUACGGACGGACUAGUCGACUCGAUCAUCCCCCCGCAGUUCCCCUCUGCCCUCGGAUGUGUGGCACUCCGACGAAGCUCUGAUGGCUGGUGCGAGAUGAAGCGUUUGUAUGUUCUUAAGGAAGCUCGCGGAGAACGCCUGGGUGAAAAACUCGUCCAAGCAAUCCUCGCACAAGCCAAAAAUCUGGGCUACCGCGGGAUGCGCCUAGAUACACUACCUGAAAUGGCAGCGGCACAACGGUUAUAUCGGAAAUAUGGAUUUGUGGAUAUUGCACCGUAUUAUGAGACUCCAAUUCAUAGGACGGUUUUCAUGGGUUGUGAAUUUGUAUGA